AUGGACGGACAGCAUUCCGAAAAGCCACGCAGCCACACCCCGGCUGAUAGGGCGUCAUCAGCCAUGUCCCAGAACUCCAGAAUCUCCUCCCACACCUCUGAAUCCGUGAAGGACCUGUCUUGCAGUAAGAUACCUCAGGACUCUGCCCACAGGGACAGGCUGGCACACCCCACCGCCAUCCUGCUGAGCAAGUCGCAUAGCAGCCAGGCUGCCCUCAGGCCCCAGGAGCACAGCAUGUUCUUGAAGGAAGCCUACAACACAGCCAUCUGCUUCAAGGCGCUCCGAGACCUGAAUGGUUUAGACCCCCACCGCCUGAAGCACGUCAUCAACAAGAUCAAGGACAUGGCUCAUGGGGCCCCCAACCCGGUGCUGGAAACCACUUAUCACUACUUUACAGACAACCCAGAGAUCUCCAACCGCCACAAGCUCCGGCUGCUCCAAGUCCUGGAGACCGUCAUUGGAGCCAGUGAGUCCCUGGAGGAGAGAUGGACGGAAAUCUUCAUGAAGCUGGCCCUGGAGAACAUGACCAAGUCCACGGAGCUGGAAGAGGUAUACCAGGACACGGCCAGCAACAUGCUGGUGGCCGUCUGCAGGCACUCGUGGCACAGGGUGACCCAACACCUGGAGACCGAGGUCCUGACGGGCGUCUUCCCACACCGAAGCCUCCUCUACGUGAUGGGCAUCCUGACCUCUGACCAGAAACUCUUCAACCAGGAAGAGAAGGCGUGUUGGGAAGAGCAGCUGACCCAGAUAGCGGUCAAGUCCGUCCAGUUCCUGAACACAGACGUAUGGUCAAAGGAGCUGCUGUGGGCACUCAACAAGCCUGACCAGACACAUUAUGAGCAGCCCCCCGAGAAGGCCUUCCUGUUCCUCUACUAUGGGCUGAUCCUUCAAGCUGAGGAGAACAGCACCAUGGUCCGGACACACCUGCGAACCCUCCUGGAGACGUCCCACCAGUGGUCCAAGCAGAGGGAGGGCAUUGCUCUCACCGUGGGGCUGGCCGCAGCCCGCCACUUGGACCACGUGUGGGCCGUCCUGGAGCAGUUUGGCCGGAGCGCACCCAUUAAGCGGAGCCUCCACAACUUCUCCCCAAAGACUUCAGAGGACCUGCAGUGGAAGUGGGCCACGAGCACCAUCCUCCUCGCCUACGGUCAGAUGGCGGUCAAGGCCAAAGCCCACAUCCUCCCGUGGGUGGACAACAUCUUGUCACGCAUGAUCUUCUAUUUCCACGGCAGCACCUGGGACGACACCCUGAAGCAGAGCUUCCUCACCGCCAUCCUCAUGCUGGUGGGGGCCGUGAGCCGCAACGAGGGCGCCCACAGCUACGAGUUCUCCCAGCUCCCCCAGCUCCUCGAGAGUCUGAUGGCUUUGAUGGAAGAGGAGCCCCAGGACACGCUGUGCACGUCGACCCGCGAGCAGACCAUCCACAUCGUCUCCAGCCUCUGUAAGCUGAGACCACCCCUGGACUCGGAGAAGAAAUCACGGCUCCUGUCCAUCUGCCUCCACAGCGUGCUGGCCCUGCCACUGCUGGAUGUCCUGGAGAAACACACCUGCCUCUUUCUGGAGCCACCCAACGUCCAGACCCUCUACAGCAAGACCUCGAAGGCACUGGAUGAGAUGCUGCAGACCUUCAUCACGCAGAACCCCACGGCGGACGAGCUGCACUUCCUGCUGUCGCACCUGUACAUCUGGCUAGUGUCCGAGAAGGCGCACGAACGGCAGCGGGCUGUGCACACCUGCACCGCCCUCCUCAAAUUCCUGAGCCACAACCACUACCUGGACCCAAAAGAGGACUUCAAACAGAUGGGGCAGCUCAUGGGCAUGCUGGGGAUUCUGUGCCAGGACCCCGACAGGGCCACCCAGCUCUGUAGCCUGCAAGGCUUGGGCCACCUCUACCAGCUCCUGCUGCGCCACAGAGGUGAGGCUCUGCGGGUGGAAGCACUGUCCCCCGAGCAGCUUUCCCAGGCUAGCAAGGAUGAAGCCCCACUCUGGAGCAGCGGAGACCAGAAAGCCACUCUCCCCUCCCCCCAGAAGGUGGCGCUCUCAAAGGACAGCAUCUUCCAGCGUGGCAGCUCCCAAGUCAUUAAGGAGGCCAUGAAGCGUCUCACGUUGGCAGAGCUGAGCCACCUCAUCUGGACGACCAUCGAAGGGCUGGGCUCCACGAGCACCUUCCGCGCGCAGGCAGCCGCCAACAUGCUGCUCACUGUCAUCCGGGAGCACGGGGCCAAGCUGGAGACCGUUGCCAAGCUAGGCCAGGCCAUCCACCUGCAGCUCUGCUCUAUUCGCCUCCCCCAAGCCAAGAAAAUUGCCCUGCAUGCCAUCACCCUGCUGGCCCGGAACCACACCCCCGAGCUGGUGGCCACCUUCCUGGACUUCUCCAUACCCCUGGACAGCCAUGCCUUCCAGCUGUGGAAGGCCCUGGGGGCCGAGCAGCCCGUGAGCCGCUGGGUGCUGGCGGUGCUACUGGCCUUGCUACGGGAACGGCCCCUGCCAAUUGAGGCUAGUGACAGCAGCCCCCAGCCCAAGGAGAAGACCUACCUGCGCUCGCUGGCUGCCAUGAACACACUGCAUGAGCUACAGAUCACGCGAGAGUUCAAGAAGGCCGUGCAGGAGGCCUACCCGCAGCUGCUCCUGGCCCUUCUCACCCAGAUACACUACGUCCUGGAGCUGAGCCUGCCCACAGGUCCCCAGCCCGGCCAGCAGGCCCCAGAGGCAGCCGUGCCCAGUCCCCAGAGUUGCAAGACAUCGCUGGAGGCACUGAAGAGCCUGCUGUCCAGCACGGGGCACUGGCAGGACUUCGCCCACCUGGAGCUGCAGGGCACCUGGGAGCUCUUCAGCACCAUCCCCACCUACCCGAAGGGCGUCAGCCUCCUGGCCAGGGCCAUGGUGCUGAACCGCUGCAGGCAGAUCAAGGUGGUGCUCAGCCAGCUGCUGCCCACCCUGCAGAGCCAGGAGGAGCGGGAGAGGAAGGUGGCCAUCCUCAUCCUCACUGAGUUCCUCUACAGCCCCGCCCUCCUGGAGGUGCUCUCCAAACAGGAUGUCCUGAAUGUGCUGGCCCAAAGCCUCAGGGACCCAAACCCCGAGGUCCGAGUGCUGAGCCUGCAGGGCCUAGGGAACGUCCUCUUCCACCCAGAGAAGGGAAGCCUGCUCCACGGACAGCUGCCGCCCUUCCUCCACGGCUUCUUCCAGAACAGCGAGCCGGUGGUGGAGCGCGUCAUGGGCACCGUGUCCGACGUGCUGCACCGCCUGGGCGCCUGCGGGGUGGGCGUCCAGGGCCUCAGCAUCGCCAUCAACGCCCGCUCCUUCUUCGAUGACGAGCGUGACAGGAUACGGGCAGCGGCCAUGGCACUGUUUGGGGACCUGUUAGCAGCGAUGGCAGGCAGGGAGCCAAGUAGCCUGCGAACCCAGGUGUACCAGAGCAUGGUACCCCUGCUCCUGCACCUGAAGGACCACUGUCCAGCCGUCGUCACGCAGGCCAAGUUCACCUUCUACCGCUGCGCGGUGCUGCUCCACUGGCCGCUGAGGCACACCAUCUUCUGCUCGCUGGCCUGGGAGAGGGGCCUCAGUGCCCGCCACUUCCUCUGGACCUGCCUGAUGGCCCACAGCCAGGAGAAGUUCAGCAUCCACUUGGCACAGGCUCUCAGCUACCUGCAGAGCCCCCAUCGCCACAUCAAGACCUGGGCAGCGCUCUUCAUAGGUUACACCAUCUGCUACCACCCCCAGGCCGUGUCCCAGACAGUGAAUGACGCGGACACAAAGCUGCUGUUGUGCACUUUCGAAGAUCUCAAAAAAGACCAGGAAGCUGGCAUCCGGGAAUUCGCCACCAAGCAGUUCUCCUUCCUUCAGGAGGUGGCAGCCAGACCCCAGUGA